AUGGUACCUGUGCCAAGCAGCAAUGACAUCAACAAGGUGGAUGAAGAGUGGCGUUCUCCGAUGGAUAUCUUCAUAGGGGGAGCACAGCUGAUUGGGACCACGUGGUACGCCGUAAAUGGGGAACAGCGUCAAGGUGCUGAUAGUAAUCCUAAAAUGAUAUGUGGAGGUCAGUCAACGCGUUUCGUCUCUUCAGAGAGACUUUACUGCCGCAGCCUUUUGUGA